GCACUUGUUACCACCUUAUAUUGUGAAUUUAUCGCGUAAAUAUACUAAACAAGAUGAAAUUAACAGUUUGUUUAUUAUUUGUUUACGUUACGGGAAGUUUCGCAUAUCCUGUAUCGCAGCCAGCUUACCCAGACACUCAAUACAUUAGUGCACAAGCAAUACCUGCUGUUCAAUAUAGACAACAACAGCAACAGCAACAGCAACCUCAGGCUUAUUUGCAGCCACAGUAUAUUUCCGCCCCUGUGCAAACACAGCAAGCUGCAAAACCAGUGUACGAAACCAUCAAAAGUCUAGGACUACAAAAGUUCUCCACGCAAAUCAGACAACCUAUCCAACAAGUGCUGCUGUCCACCAACGUUGACAGACAGAUACAAAGGGUGGCACAGCAAGCAGGACCAUAUUUCCUUCAGCAAAUACAAGCUGCGCAGCAGCAAGGUCAAGCUCAACAAGCUUUGGAUGCGGCCCAACGGAAAGCCACGUCUCAGACACUCAGUAGACAGAUACAGCCAUUACCUCUACCAGUACCUCAACAACAACCACAACCACAACCGCAACCACACUACUUACGGGUGGUUCCCCAGCCAGCUCCAAUUAAGUACCAGCCAGCCCCAGUUAAAUACGCUGCUCCUGCAGCUCCAGGUUACCGACAACAUAUACAACCCCAAUACCAACAACAACAACAACAACAACAACAACAACAGCAUCACGAAGAACAACAAAACCCUGAAGAUUACGAUCCAAAUCCCUCAUAUCAGUUCGGAUUCGACGUGAAUGACGAUCUCUACACUAACUACCAAAACCGCAAAGAACAAAGAGAAGGGGGUAAAACUACAGGAAGCUAUUCAGUUGUCGAUUCUGACGGGUUCGUUAGAACAGUUACGUAUACUGCUGAUCCUAAAGAAGGCUUCAAAGCUGAGGUUACGAGGCAGCCUACCAACAUAGUUGUCAAAGUACCAAAACCGGAUCCACAAUUUCAAAGACCGCCUCAGCACUAUGUUCAGUCGGCUCCAGUCCAGCAGAAAGCUCAAGCACAGGCACAACAACCUAAUUUGAUUCAAUAUCAGUACCAAUAACUUUCCGAUCUGAACUGACAAAGUGGCAGAGUUUUAAGUAAGCCAUUGUCCAGAUUAUUUUAAUUGUUAUUAUUUUUAAUUAUUUGUAAUUAAGGAUAAAAGUUUGUAAUUAAAAAAUUUAAUAAUUUUUCUAAA